CAGCAGCAUCAUGGCGAUCACCUGUGGCAUUCCGGCGGUGAGAUUCACUCUGAUCGUGCUUAAUCUGUUCUGCUUCCUGUGCGGUCUUUCGUUGGCCAUCGUGGGCAUCGUGAUGCAUCACCGGUUGGCGUCGGUCAACAGUCUUACCGAAAAGGACAAUCUGCUCACCAGCGAAUCCCUGCUGGCAAUGAGUCUCGGCUGGUUCAUCUUCGUGGUGGCCUUCUUCGGGUUCUGCGGAGCGGCCAAGCACUCGUACUGCAUGACAAUGGCCUAUGCGCUGAUGUUGAUGGCCCUGAUCGUGAUCCAGAUUGUGGUGGCCGUGCUGCUGUUUGCGAGCGUCGAGACCGGUCGGCAUCAAUAUCUGGAGUGGUUCGAUGAGUACUUCGAUCGGAGCUUGCAGAUGACGAAGGCUUCCAGUGUGGUUGAUCCCAGGAUCGAUCGACUGCAGAGUACGUACGGAUGCUGCGGGAUGCACUCCUUUCGCGAUUGGGGAACCAACGUACCGGAUUCGUGCUGUUCGGAAGGGAAGGGACCGACCUGUGUCCCGUACGAGCAAGGAUGCGAACAGAUGCUGGAAGGCUACAUCAGGCAGGUGGCGAAAAUCAUCGGAUGGAUCCUGAUAAGCUUGACGGUGUUUGAAUUUGUUGCUCUGAUGAUGGCAUGCUGUUUGGCCAGUGACAUCAAGAAUCAGUUGAAUGCUUUCUAUAUUCCCUGAUGGGACAA